AUGCCCAACGCGGAGAAACCACCACUAUUGGAUCACUAUGACCCGUCCGGUCUGCCGGAUUUUGACCGAGAGUUCAUCAAGCCGGAAGAACUGCAGGCUUUCGAGAAAGCACUAAACGCACCCGAGGCAUCUCCACUCGUCGCCAUCAACGACUGGCGCCCUAUCCACCAGCGAGUACGAAGGAACCGCGGUCGUCGCAAGACACCCAAGCGCAGCAAGGAUGAGACAAGAGAAGGUGUGCUCUACACGGUACUCAAGUGGCCAUUCCUCUUCACUGUCUUUGCAUGGCUGGCCGUGCUGAGCUGUGGUUAUGCCUUGGUUCGCAUAUACAUUGUGCUGUAUGAGCAGUGGGUGUCGUGGCGCGGAAAGAGACAGCGUCUUCGACGCGAGCUCUGGCAACAGACAGACUAUCCCAGCUGGCUAGAAGCUGCCCGUGCGCUGGACGUAUAUCUUGGAAAUGAAAAGUGGCAGGAGACCGACGAGUAUGCCUACUAUGAUCACUUGACCAUCAACAAAGUGGUGAACCAAUUGAAGGAAGUCAGAUACGAGGUGGAGCAAGAGAGAGAAGGUGCCAAUGGUGAUACAGAAACGCCCGCAAUCGACGAACUUCGAUCGCUGCUUGAGGCCUGUGUGAAGAACAACUUCGCAGGCGUGGAGAACCCGCGCAUGUAUAGUGAAGCGUACUCGGGUACCAAAGACUUGGUACAGGAAUACAUCGAUGAGGUUCGCAGGUGCAUUCAAUUGGUAGGGGAAAGUCGGGAACUUGACAAGCAGGCCAAGUAUGUGCACUUCAAGCACCUCGAUACCAAUUUCGGUCGGACGGCGCUGUGUCUUUCUGGGGGAGCUACUUUUGCAUACUACCACUUUGGCGUCGUGAAGGCAUUACUCGAUAAUGGAGUGCUUCCCGAGAUUAUCACCGGAACGUCUGGAGGAGCACUCGUCGCAGGUUUGGUUGCUACUCGCACGGAUGAUGAAUUGAAACAACUCUUGGUUCCGGCCCUCGCACACCGCAUUCGUGCCUGCCAUGAAGGGUUCACCACAUGGAUUCAGCGUUGGUGGAAGACAGGUGCUCGCUUUGAUACUGUUCACUGGGCCCGACAGUGUAGCUGGUUUUGCAGAGGAUCGACCACUUUCCGAGAAGCUUACGAGCGAACCGGCCGAAUUUUAAAUGUCUCCUGCGUGCCAUCAGACCCUCACUCGCCUACGAUCCUGGCUAAUUAUCUGACGUGCCCGGACUGUGUAAUUUGGAGUGCAGUCCUCGCUUCCGCGGCUGUGCCUGGAAUUCUGAAUCCGGUGGUUUUGAUGACCAAGAAGCGCGAUGGGACUCUUGCACCGUAUUCAUUUGGACACAAGUGGAAAGACGGAAGUCUGCGAACCGAUAUUCCUAUCAAAGCUCUGAACCUACAUUUCAAUGUCAACUUUACAAUCGUGUCUCAGGUCAAUCCACAUGUCAACCUGUUCUUUUUCAGUUCUCGAGGCACAGUUGGUCGCCCCGUCACCCACCGUAAAGGCCGUGGUUGGCGAGGCGGAUUCCUUGGUACUGCGAUUGAACAAUACAUCAAGCUGGAUUUGAACAAGUGGUUGCGUGUUUUGAGGCAUCUGGAGCUGCUACCACGGCCGAUGGGACAAGACUGGAGCGAGAUCUGGCUUCAAAAGUUCAGUGGCACGGUUACCCUCUGGCCCAAAACCAUUCCUUCCGACUUUUAUCAUAUCCUGUCUGACCCAACACCGGAGCGACUUGCCCGCAUGAUCCAUGUGGGCCAGCAAAGCGCUUUUCCCAAGAUACAAUUUAUCAAGAACCGACUCAAUAUCGAGAACGCGAUCAUGAAGGGCCUCCAGCAGCAUUCGGCGACAGGAGGUCGCUCUCUUUCUCCAAUCCUGUCCCGUCGUGUGCCGGCACCGGAGUUCGAGCCCUCAGAUGCGCUCUCACAGAGGCUGGACGCAAGUUUCCCUGAAAGACACGAUACCGGAGAUAUUCGUGACUUUGACCUCUCAGACGGCUUGUCUCAUUCAACGGCUUCAUCCCGCCUCUCUUCGCGACGAGGCAGUCUGAUCGACGAGGUACGACGCCAGUCGGCAGUCUUCUUCGACGAGUAUGGUGAUGAGGAUGCUGUUAUCACGUAA